AUGUAUUCCCGGCAUAUUGUACCCCACCCAGGUCUGCUAGCGGCGUCCUUGCCCAGCAAAGCUAUAGGUGAUAUAGUCGUGGCCCAGAAGUCUGUAUCGGUUGCGAUGAUGCUGCGCCUCCGGUUCUAUGCCAAACUAUUCUGUGGGCUGAAAUUGCCGUAUAUCCGCAUGGAUGCCCUGCCCCACUCUUCGGCGCAGGAGGAGACUUCUCUCACACUCUCAGAGCGCGCUGGGGUACAUGGCCACACACACAUACAUACAAAUAGAACGGCCCGAGAACAGGCCGAGCACGAGCAACAGCAACAAACACGCGAGCGCAACGCAGCGCAGGUGUGGGGUGCGUUAGGGGUGAGCGAAGACGGGCUCGACGCCAUCGAAGUGUUUGGAGGAGAGUACACCGAGUAUAUGUUCAGUUUCCAAUUGCUACACAUGUGGGACAAUACACAGUACGAGCACUUCCCUGCCCACGCGGCUGACUUGUUUCUUGAAGACCCACCCACGUCCGAGACAAACACGGGAACUUCAGGACAACAACAGCCGCACCCACAAGCAACCCAACCACAAACAGACCAAGAAACAGAACAACAACAACAACAACAGCAACAGCAACAGCAACAGCAACAGCAACAGCAACCAACAGACGUACAACAAGGUGUAGCGGGUGCAGAGCAGAUCAUCGAACCAACGGACAGCGCGAAUGCAUUCAAAUCCUUCCGCACACACCUCCGGUCGAGUAUAGCCUUCGAUGCCGCCCUAGUAGUUGCCAUGAUAUCCCCCAACUCCACACCCACUAGAGGAGAGAUGCUCGUAGCGCCACACUCACAGAAGAACGCCAAGAGCCCUGCGUCUCCAAACCGCAGCUCACCAUCUACUCCGCGGCCAACACAUGCACCUGCACCUGGCAAUCUGGGACUGGGCACCAAGAAACCAAUGCCGUGGAAGGGUAUCUGGGGCCAAGCCAAGUACGCCCACUUCAGAAGGAUGCGCUGCAUGGCGCGCGAUUUUGUGCAUGUGUUGGAGUGUCUCACACAGUUAGGGGAGUAUACCGAGAUGGUGUCUCUGCUUUUUCAGUUCAAUUGCCUUGAGAUGGUCGCUAAAUUCUUAGAGCUCGAAUCGCAUUCGAGAUCCACUUUCAAUCCCGACACCGCCACUACCUUCCAACCUCCCGCAACUCUGGUCACAUCCGACGCCCGCCGCGCUUGGCGAGAGCGUACACCCUAUGGUUGCCAUGGUUACGGCCUGGGCCGGGUUGUGGUGCAUCACACCAUCAGGCUCACCUGCACCAUGCUGCUGUUUCACAAGUUCGGGCUCGAUUUUGUAUCGUCGCGUGGGUUGGUAGCGCUGCUGGGUGUACGAGACGGGUACAAUGGCAAUGAUAUAGCCAUGUGUCUGUGGCAUUUAUCGGCGGUGGGGUCGGUGAUGGAGAAGCUGUGCCUGCUGCCGUCCGGUGUGGUGAGGACAGUGAUGCUAACGGCGUAUGAUAUCUUGGCAGCACCCUCCCAUCUGGCGCAAAGUCAUAUAACUUACACUCAUCCACCUUCACCUCCUACAUCCUCACACACCGUCACAUUGGAUACUGCUCAAAGGCAUUCGGCACUGUUUCUGGCCAUGGCCUUCACCUACCCUGCGCUUGUGGAUGCGGCCGACUCGAUGAAUGGGCUGGAGAGGCUCAUGCAGGCUGUAGACCGUCUCAUGCCAGAUAUGUUUUUCUUCUCUGGAGGUGACCGGCAACUCACCAUGAACAUGCUACUAGCCCUGCGUCAGUACUUCCGACUGCACCUGCACAAAUUGGGAUCAAACAUCCUUCGCAUCAGAUCACGAGUGGAUUCCACUCUGACACCGCCCCCGCCAAUGCCGGCCUAUGCACCGGCUGUAAUGGACUCCGCAGGGUUCACGCGGGAUCUGAACAUGAUACGCGCGUAUCCUAAUCUGGCCACGAGUUUUAAACCAAUCACGAAUACAUCCCGCACUGGGGGGGGGGGGGGUGCAAAUGGGUCCAGUCUUAAUGCUGUCUUGAAUUCCGAGACAGGGCCGAGUGUUCCGGCUAAUACAAAUACGAACACAAAUACGAACACGGAGACCAAUACGACCACACACCCGCCUGGUGAGCUUGGUCCCGAUGCAGAGUCCGUUUCUCAAUCGCAAACGAAUAUGGAAGCAACUUUGAGUGUGCAACGAGAAGGAGAUACUGCCGGAAAUACAAACACAGAAACCGCUGCCGCACAGAGAGAUGGCUUAGAGGGCGGGGUGGCAGACAGUGUGCGCACGAGUGGGAAUGCACAGGCGGAUGUAGUGAUAGACACAUCCAAUGUUAGCACACACACCGACGCACUAGAAAACGCUACCACCGCGCACACACACACAAACACAAACGCAAACACAAACACAAGCACAAGCUCAAGCAUCCCAUCGAAUUCGCACACAAACCCAUCCACAGACAUACACUCUGGCGCUUACACCUAUACCAACACGAGUGCUUUAGCACCACCCCCCACCGUCACCCCCCCCAUAGCGCCUACGGGACUAGAGCCCCUGGACGUAGCACUGAGGUUAGGGCUGUGGAAGCGUCUGUUAGCUAUCACCAAGCAGACACGGUUCUGGCGAGGCGUGGACUGUGCUGGGGUUGCUCUGCACACACUGCGCAUACUGUCGGUGUUCGCUCAGACACACAGUACUAUGGCCACGUGGGUGAUACAUCUCAACCCAGCCGUGGCCAGGGUGGUGCCCGAGCCGGUCACCAUGGCAACGCCGAUCGCGGACAACACCGAUACGAACGGCAGAACUACUGCAGGAAACGCGGUAGUCGGCACUUCGCACGCAAAUACAGUUGCGGCAAAUAGAAACGCAGGCUUUGUCAACGAGAGCAUCACAGACGUGCCUGCCCGCGGAACUGCGAGCGAACUUAGUAAUGACAUGGAUGUCGACUCUACGGCUACCCACACAACCCCCUCCUCCACCGAUGGCGACGAAGAUUCGCUGAAUUCCGAUGACAGCUCUUCUGUAUCGGCCAUGCUGGCAGCGGGUGCGGGGGCUGGCGAUGCUGAGCAAACUGGACUGGGCUUGCUAUUCGCAUGCGCUGAGGGCAAGUACAACUACUCCCCGGUGGCGCGCAAGGCCGCCUUGGCUAUCAUAUGCAAUAUGGUGUCGCGUGGGCCCAAUGGCCUUGAUCAUGGGCUGGACCAUUCUGUGCGUAAGGUGCGGCACAACAACUUCUCAACGUUCCCCUACACACAGGGACGCGACGAUCCCAUUCUACGCGACAUGCAGACACUUGUGCGCGAGAAGAACGGUAUCAAGUCGUUAAGAGCAUUGCUUCAUUGUCGGGCACCCCUCGUACAUGCUGACGAAAUCAGAACGCUGGCAUGUGCUGCGUUACUCGGGUUAUCGGAAAACCAGGAGGUUAAGCAGAUCCUCGGCAAGCUGCAGGUGAGCAACGAGCUCUCGGAGCUGAUGUACGAACCGGUGGUACAAGACAACAGUGCAGUACAUGCCGAGUUCACACAUCUGGCGACCGAGAUCAUCGCACGUGUCACGGGCAAGCAAGCACGGGCCAUACAGACGGAGGCCACAGGGCAUUCGCUCAGCAAGUAUGAGAAGACGGCUAUUGUGGAGAAUACAGAGGUCUCCUUCUCGAACAAUGAGCUCAUCUACCUGAUCUACGACCAUCUGAUGUCAUGUGGGUUCAAAGACACAGCCGCACAACUGACCCGGGAAGCGAGUCUACCUAACUUGCCCAAGAUACAGAUGCUACUCAAGGGUAUAGCGUCCCCCGGCGAUAGAGCAGGCGGCGACACUCUGGCCCACACCACCAGCCACGUACAGGCACACACACGCACACACGCACACGAACACGAGCACAACCACAACCACAACCACAACCACAACCACAACCACAACCACAACCACAACCACAACCACAACCACAACCACAACCACAACCACAACCACAACCUCGGACAGGCGCAUGCAUACCCAAACGCACCGACACGGCGUGUCUCAGAUACACGUGGGAGUGUGGAUACGGGCAAGUAUGAGGCGUCCAGACGUGUGGCCGCAGCGGUGGCUCUACUACAGGAAGGGGGCGGGGCCAGUAGUGGUAGCAGUAGUAGUAAUAGUAGUAGCAGUGCGUCUAUUACUGGUGGGAAUGACAACGGGCGUGUUAUGCUGCACGACACGGGCUUGUGCGAGAGCACGGUGAGCGCAGAGAGCCACGCCGGUCAUGCAGCGUCGCAUGGUAAGCGGAAUGAUCGAGUGACGGACAUGAGUAUGGACACGCACUUGGACAGACACUACGGGUUGGUGAGUGUGGCAAACGGUAAGGGGGUCUUUUCCGAUGCAGAGGAUAGGGGGGAUGUGGGUGUGGGGCUUAUGGACGAUGCCGAAGUGACCACACUCGAGAAAGGCGAGAACGGACUCACUCUGAGCGCAUACGAGCCACCAAUGAGUGGGAGCGUAAACACUCAAAGACUGAACAGGCCAGAGUGCACAAGGACGCACACGCACACGAACACGGCAGCACAUGCAGGAGGCAACGAGAGAGGCGCAGAUACAUACGCACACGCACACGCACAUGCAGCGAGUACGGUGGAGCAGCAGACUGCGAUGCAUAGUAGGUGUAACCAGGGCUCACCAAUGGAGAGUGCAGUGCGAACGGCUGCAGGGGAUAGCCAAGUGGGUACGGCAAAGGGUGUGGUGCAGGAUACAUCACGACCAAUGGAAUAUAGUAAUAGCGGUAUGAAUACCGGUACAGAGGAGAAAGAACUUCGUAAUAAGCGCGUGUCUACUCGAAGCGUAAUCCGACAGCAGCUCGCCAACAGUGUGGGCACAGGUAUCGACAUACAAGCAAACACCAACGCACAAGCACAUGUGCACAACAAGCCUCUGAUCACUACGACCUCGGUCAACAGCGGCCAGAAGCAGAACAAACUGAAGCAGCGACAACCGGUACCCAUCCCUCCUUUCUCUGGGGUGAGUAUGGGCAUGGGGACGGGCAAUGCAAGCAACCGCAAACGGUCCAGAAAGCAGGACAAGGUCGCUCAGAUUCACCAGCACCAACAGCAGCAGAAGAACCAGUCACAGAAACAAGGGCCGCAGCCACCGCCACACCAGGCACUCAAGGCAAGGCACACCCAGCACGCGGCAACCAGUAGGCGACCAGGCGAUUCACACACAGCCGACGCAGAGACAGCGGGACAAGCAGGUGCUUCACACGACCUCGGGCGUACGAGCCGUGGCAGUGAUGGGAAGCACUCGCUCUCUCCCAGGUGGAAGAAAGGUACGAGUGGGCGGAAGUCCGGGCGCAUGUCUGCUGAUGCACAUGCGCCGGUACAGACCCAGGGACAGGCACAGGCACAGGCACGGGCUCAGGUACAGGAGCAUGCACACACACACACGCACACACACACGCGCGCACACGCGUCUCCGGCAAAGGAGGCGGAGGCCUUGGCGCGUAGAUCCAGCCUGCGAUCCAUGGGGAGUGUAGGGAUGGAGAAGAAGUGCGAAGGAUCUACGGCGGCAGGCGUAGAGACCCAUGCCCCUGUGCCUGCUGCACCCCCCGCACGUUCACCUAGCCCCUCACUCACCUCCACAUCCGUGCACCCGUCACCAAACACACAUGUAUACGCACACGCACACGCACACACACACACACACACACGCACACAGCAGUACACCAGCGCCUCUGGAUCGCCUCAGCUGCACCACUCCGCAUCUCGGCCCUUAUCGCCGAGGUCAGCACGCAACUCGCUGGACGCUACGGGUAGCAGCCUGAGUGCGCCUGAGAAGCAUUUGCCAGGGGGACAGAGUGCCAUAUCCCCGCCACCGGCACCAGGAUCAAAGCUCCCUCUGACAUCGCCGAAGCGCAGUGUCCUGAACACCUAUGGUCGCCAUGGCAACUCGUAUCCACGAGGUACGCCGACGAGUCCCAGUCGCGGGGCGAAGGGAUUGCACGCGUACCAGGCACAAGCACAGCCUUGCACGAACGCACCUUCGUCUCCACAGAUGGCGUGCACUCGGCAGAAGGACGCUCCGUGUAGUCACGUGGAGAUGGUGUCUAGCAGAAGCGCGAAGGUGCGGUUCCAGGAGGAGGAUGUACCGAACCGGAAGUACAAGCCGAAAAUGGUGCAUGUGAAACCAUUCGCAAAUGCACACACGUACACGACGCGGACGUUUGCGCAUCCACCCGCGCGGAUGAAAUCACAAACGCAGACUACCACACAAAUGCAUGCACGUACGCAACCACAGCCGAGCACAGGCACAGCAGAUAGACCGGGCGGUGGUACGCAGGCGAAUAGUUGGGCCAUGUCUGGGAACGAUGAAACAGUUCAAGCAAGUGCACACACAGCAACCGCAUCCGCUGUAUCCCAUACAAACCCACACCACAACUCACAAGCAUCGUCGCAAUCACACGCUUCUUCAAGCACCGGUACAAACAGCAACGCCGACGCCGGCGCAGCCACAUCUCUUAGUAAGAAUACAACUCCGCCCCAGGUCACGCACGCCUACGAUCACUACACCAACCCACGCGAUGGCUCUGUAGUAACGGCCCCAGUGCCAGUCGUUUCGCUGCAGGACAUCGUGGGAGACUAUCUCAAGGCGCAGCACAAGACAUGCCCCAAUCCGGUGAGCGUACUGCCACCGUUUCCGUUGCUGAGUCAGCACCUGUGUCCCGAGCCGAAGAUCAACGCGAACGCGCACCCCAGUUUGUUUAAACGACUGGCGGCCAGAGAGGCGGGUGUGGUUGACGGGGGACGUCAUGGAGCCCGUAUGACGCGCAAGCUAAUGUACAGUCGGUUUAAGCCCAUCCACUCGUUCAAAGUGGAGAGCCAGGCCAUGACCAGCGUUAGCUACCUGGGCGAAACGAACAAGCUGUUAGUGGGUACACACCGCGGUGACAUGCUGGUAUUCAACCUCGAUUCAGGGGAUCUACUGGACACGUACGAGUGUCACGAAAACGUGCUGUAUUCCAUUAAACCGUCACACGACACAUUGCGCGUGCUGACAUCGUCUCCGUCGACGUCUUCGGCGCGCACUUCGGCGAUGUGGAAGUUUGCAUCUAUGGCAUAUCCCGCGUUCGAGUUCUCCGAUGAUCGAUUUGUAAAUUGGAGCAAUCUGACCGAUGACUACAUCGUUGGAACCAUGGGUAACGAGGCACACAUAUACGACGGUCAGACUGGUCAACUAGUGAGCACUUUAGUCGAUCGUCGUGGUCCGAAUGACUAUGAGCGAAACUGCGCGUGUUUCAAUCCUACAGACGAUCUUGUGCUAAGUGAUGGU